AUGCGAAAUUUUCGAAUUUUUCUCGCCAUUUCACUGAUCCCAAUUGUUGUCGGGAUUGAACGCGAAGCGCUCAUCGAGCACUUGAAAUAUCAGCAAGAAGCGAGAAACACGUUCGACUCGAGAAUUCGUCAAGGCGAUUUUAUGCAGCCGAUUGGCUACGUGGCGGGAAAACCGAUUUGGCCGCGAGUUUUGGAGAAAGUGCGCUCCACUGGCGAGCUAUUCUUCGAUGAUAACAAUUUUGCAUAUUUGGUGCAUAAUCGGAGUCCGGCGGCACUUGUUCGAAAAAUGGAUCGAGAGGCGAAUUAUAAGGCGGUUAUGGAGUUUUUAUCGAGAUACACUUGA